AUGUCUGAUCUUUCUGGGAGGGCGACAAAUGGAGGAGCACGAACAGGCGGGCCCGUGCCCGUCGCAUCAAGUACGCCAUCUUCAGCCAUUCGACCGCCUACGGAGAUCAUGAGGGAUAGAAGAGCUCGUGAACAACGUCGGCAAGAAGAGCAGAAGGCGGAAGAGCUGCGACGUCAGCAAGAAGAGAGGAGGAGAAGAGAGACGGUCGAGCGUCGAGCAGCCGCUAUUCAAGGAACGGCAGCUCCGAGGAAUAGCCAGGCAUCAUCGCAGUAUACUCCCGAUGUUUCGCAACAACCGUUUGAAGCGAGGAGGAGUGGCACUGGCCAAGUCGCUGCCCCCGAAUCCUCCGCUCAACAAGGUGAAAGCGCAGGGGCACGGGAAGGAGCUUCCUCAUUCCCCCACGCCUUCCAUCGAUGGGAGAACCUAUCCGCCCACUGGGAAGGACUGACCUCAUUCUGGCUGAGGAAGCUGGAGCAAAAUACCGAACAGAUUCAGAACACCGUCCCCAAUUUUCAAACGUUAAGCCGGCAAAUCACCGACUUGUCUGCUGCUGGCGCGAAUCUCUUCCAUGCAGUCGUCGAGCUGCAACGGCUGCGUGCUAGUAGCGAGCGAAAGUUUCAACGCUGGUUCUUCGACACACGAGGAGAGAAUGAAAAGAAUCGGGAGAUUCAAGGUCAGCUUGAGAAUCAGCUCAAGAUCGAACGUACCUCGCGAGAAGAGUCAAGCCGGCAACGCGCAGAUGCCUUGACAGCAGCAGAGAACGCCCGACGCGAGAUCGCAGAAGUUCGGCGCGAGCUCAUGAUCGCCAAGGACGAGGCGCGUCGGGCGUGGGACGAGCUCGGCAGGAGGAACCAGGAGUCGUUGGAAACCGCACAAAGUCUCAAGGAUGGUAGAAUCACCAUUGUGCACGGCGUGCAAGUUGUUCCGUACUCCGGUGCCACGAUUGGAUCGGCCAGUGUUAGCCAACGUCCGUAUUAUGGCAGCACGGGCGGCGGCUAUGCGAAUCCUGGAGAUGAAGCGGAGUACUACUACCAGCAAGACGUCUCGCCAACCAACACCGACCCGUUCAUGGAGAGCGGUCCAAGUGGGCAGACGCAGUACCAAGACAAACCGACGACACUCUCAGCGGGCACAUACCAACCACCUUACCAAGUCGGCACAACGCCGACAACAAGCUCGACAGUGCAAACCGCUAUUCCACCCAGCCAACAGCGCGUCCCCGUCACCACCCAAGAAGCCCAGCGCUUCUACCAACACACCCCGCACGAGACGUUCCUGCACACCGGCUCCCCACAACCAGCCUCGCAAGCAGGCCCCUCAGCCACCCGCCCCGAAUACCACUCCGAAGCCAGCUACGUCGACACGCCAAGCGAAGAAGAAGGCCACGCAGGCACCAUCGACCCAGCGCCUCGACACCGCACCACCACCCGCACCGAAACCUCCUCCGACGACGCCUACGACACAGCAGCCGACAUCCGUCGCGAGCAGGAACUCUCCGCGCAAUACGGCACAGGCGGAGCAGGAGGCGGCUUGCUACCCCCCGAAGCGCCGACCGUGCCCGCCACGAGUUCGCAAGCUAUGGCGACGUAUUCCCCCGGGCCGGAGGAGAGUGGACAGCCGAGCUACGAUGGAAGGGAGUACGAGGUUGCGGCUUGGGAGGCGUUGCAGACUCGGCAUCAUCAUCCGACGCGCUUGAGCGAUGUGUUGGAGGAAGAGGAGGAGAGGAGUAGUCGGCGGACGGGGGAGUGA